AUGGCCCCGGUUCCAUUCUCCGACAUCCUCCUCAACAACACCUCCCUGCUCAGUGCUGGCGGCGGCCCCGUGUGCGUCUUGGUCGGAUGCACCGGGGGUGGAAUCGGGCUGGCGACGCUGCACGCAUUGCUGCGCCACACGUCGUCGCCAACCAUCUACCUCGUCGACGGGAAGGCGGGGCUGGAGACCCUCGUCGCCUCCGUGCAGAGUCUCAAUGAAUCCGCGCGCCUGAUCCCGGUCGUCGCGGAGGAUUUCAGUAUGGUGUCGUGUGCGCAGGACGCUGCAGGGCAGAUCAUCGCAUCCGCCCCACCCAGGCUGGACAUCCUGGUUAUAUCUCCUCCUCCAACCCCGCUGGAGGAUGAUUACCACACGCGCAUGCUCACCCUCGUCACCCUGCUCCCGCUGCUGCGCAAAGCAGCGUCUCCGCGCGUGGUCAACGUCCUGGCCGGCGGAGGUGGCGGCGGGCGAGAGGACAUCCCGCUCCAGGCGCAGCACGACCUCGGCAUGACAACGUCCGCCAUGACGACGCUAUUCUUUGAACAUCUAGCCCGCCAGCCCGAGAACGACAAGGUCGUGUUCCUGCACAUCGAAUACCCGGGCGUCGUGUUCGACAGCAGCAAUGCCGCCGCCGAGACGGGCGAGAGGGUCCUCUUCGCCGCGACGAACGGCCGCUUCCGCCGCGUCCAGGACCCCGAGCGCGCAAAGGGCACGCUGAUCCAGCAGGGCAGUGAUGGCAUCCUGGGCAGUGGCGUGUACCUCGUGAACGCGGACUCGAGCGUUGUCGAAGGUGGUGGGACGACGGAGUUGAAGAGACUAAGGGAUGACAUGGACAUGGAUGACGCUCGGCAGAAGGUCUGGGAGUAUACGAUGGGGCGAGUUGGAGAGGAUUGA